AUGUUCAUUGAACGCCGGGGAAUGCCGCGGAAAAUAUACAGCGACAACGCCACCAAAUUCGUCGGCGCCGAUCGCAAGCUUCGCGAGCUGAGGGACGCUUUCGAGGCCCAACAAACGGAAGUGCAGAAAUACGCAACGGGCGAAGGAUUCACCUUCGUCUUUAUACCACCCAGGGCACCGCACUUCGGCGGGUUAUGGGAGGCGGCAGUGAAGUCCGCCAAACACCUUCUCGUGCGCGCAAUCGGCAACGCGCUGCUCACCGCCGAAGAACUGCAGACGCUGCUCGUCGAGGUCGAGGCCGUACUCAACUCGCGACCCCUGGUACCACUGAGUCAGGACGCGAACGAUGGAGAGGCCCUAACACCAGCGCACCUACUAGUUGGGUGUCCCCUUCGAGCGCUGCCACCAGCCCAAGUAUCGGUGGACCCAAUGCGUUGCUGCGACAGAUUAAUUGACGAAAAUGCUAUUAGUUUACGUAAGGAUGUUUGA